AUGGGUCCCACCUCCGACCGAGGUGGCGUCGCGUCCGGCUCUCUCCCGAGGCUCUACUGCGCCCUCUUCAGAAGCCGGGUCUGGAAGGCUGGAAUGCUCAAGGGGCCUGCCCCAGCCAGGGACCUUGAUCCUUGGCCCAGAGAAGCCCGGCCCGAGCCCUACCCUGCCGGUCUGCAUGCCCGCCGAGGGCACGUCUGCACGGAAAGCGAGGGGAGCAGCACCCCGCCCCAAGGGCGCUGGCCCGACUGGGCGCAAAACCCAGCCCUUCCAGCGGGCACCCAGGCCGGCCCGGGCCGGCUCGUCCCAGCUGGAUGUCACCUGAGCCGGGUCCCUCCAGGUGCCAGCUCUCACAUCGGCCCCCUCCUGGGCACUGCUCCCUUACCCGGGAGCCCCCUGCGACCUCCCGCGCGCCCCUUCACCCCGGCGCUGCCUCCUCCUGCACACUGCCUGUUUCCUGGGCACUGGCCUCUCCUGACACUCUCCCUGACGCUGCUCAUACACCAACGGCUCGGCAGCCCACCGCCCCAGGCCCUACCGAGCCCCGGCCUGUCCAGCCCCUCCCGACCCGGCGCGCAGAGCCGCAGCCGUGGUCCGGCCCCUCCACGUGCCAGCGGACCCGCCCCCGCCCUGGCCCGGGACGCCCCUCUCGGCCACCGGCCUCCACCGAGUGGGGUCGCGGGCUCGCGCGUUGCCCGCGCCCCCUGCCGCCUCUCCAGAGCCCGGGAGGCGGCCCCUACGCGGACCCCGGCCAGGCAAGGCCCGCUCCCUCGGAGGGGCCGGCGGGCGGAGCAGCGCGGAGGGCACCGCCCUCGGCCCGCCCGCCUAGGAGGGGACGCGAGCGGGAGGCUGUGCCAGCGGCGCCCGCCCGGGGCCCGCCGCACUCUGCACUCGGCCGCCCGGGCUGCGGGGACGGGACAGCUGUGGGCGCGGGCUCCGCGGGCCGGGAAUCGAGCCGGGCCAGAGCCCGAGCCGCGGCGGGAGGCCAGAGGGCUGUGA